CGAACCGUUGAACCCUGGGCUGCCGAGAAGCAGAACGUGCGAACUUAACCGCUGUGCCACCGGGCCGGCCCCUAAAGUGGGUUUUUAAAAUCCACCCUGAUAAUCUCUUUUAAUUGGUGUAUAUAGGCUAUUUACAUUUGAAGUGAUUAUUAACAUAUUUGCAUUAAUAGGCGCCAUGUUUGUAACUUUUCUGUUAUAUUUUUUCUUUUUUAACAAAAAUAGUCCCCUCUUUUUCUGCCUUCUCUGAUUUUGCUUGACCAUUUUAUAUGAUUCUGUUUUCUCUCCUGUCUUAGCAUAUCCAUUGUACUUGAUUUAAAAAAAGUUUUUGGUUGUUGCCCUAGAAUUUGCAGUAUACAUUUAUAACUUAUCUAAGUCCCCUAUCAGAUAACUUUAUUCCACCUCCCGGGUAGUACGGGGACCCUGUACCAGAAUUUUCCUAAUUCCUCCCUCUCAUCCCUUGUAACAUUGCUGUCAUUCACUUCACUUAUCCAUACGCUAUAAUCAGUGAAUACAUUUCUACUAUUAUUUUUGAACAGUUAUCUAUGAAGAAUGGGAAAAAUAGAUUUUAUUUUACCCUCAUUUAUUCCUUUUCCAAUUCUCUUCCUUUCUCUGUGUGGAUCUGACUUUCUGACCUAUAUCAUUUUCCUUCUCUCUGAAGAACUUUUUAAAACAAUUUUUACUAGGCAGGUCUAAUGGUGACACGUUUACUCAGUUUUGGUUUAUCUGACAAAGUCUUUAUUUCUUCUUCACUUUUGAGGAAUAAUUUCUCUGAAUAUCUUCUAGGUCAGUGGUUUUUUUCUUUCAACCCUUUAAAUAUUUUACUUCAUGGCUUCUGACAAGAAGUCGGAUGUACUUGUUGUGCUUGUUCUCUAUAGGUAAAGUGUUUUUUUCCCCUCUGACUUCUUUCAUGAUAUUCUCUUUGUGUUUGGUUUUCUGUAGUUUGAAUGUGAUGUGUUUAGGUGUAGGUUUUUUGGUAUUUAUCCUGCUUGGUGUUCUCUGAGCUUCCUGGAUGUGUGGUUUGAUGUCUGUUAUUAAUUUUGGAAGAUUCUCAGCCAUUAUUCCUUCAAAUAUUUCUUUUUCUUCGUCUCAUUCUUCUCCUUCUGGUGUUCUAGUUAUACCUUUUAUAAUUAUCCCAUUGUUCUUGGGUAAUCUGAUCUGUUUUUUUAAAUUCUUUUUUCUCUUUGCAUUUUAGUUUGAGAGAUUUCUAUUGACAUAGCUUUAAGCUCACUGAUUCUUUUCUCAGCCAUGGCCAAUCUACUGAUGAGUCUAUUAAAGGCAUUAUUCAUUUUUGUCAUAGUGUUUUUGAUUUCUAGCAUUUUCUUUUAAUUCUUCCUUAGAGUUGUGAAUGCUUACAUUACUCACCUGUUCUUGCAUGUUGUCUACUACAUUAGAGCUCUUAACAUAGUACUCAUAGUUAUUUUAAAUUCCCUAUCUGAAAUUAUCCCUGAUAAUCUCCAAAUCUGUGCCAUAUCUGAGUCUGGUUCUGAUGCUUUCUUUGUCUCCUCAGACUGUGUUUUUUCUUGCCUUUGAGCAUGCUUUUUAAUGUUUUUUAAAAGUUAGUAUAUAUUGGAACUGUGGUAAAUAGGUUUUUAGUGUAAUAUUUUAUGUUAAUUGGCUAGGAGCUGGGCUGUGUUUAAUGUUCAUUGUAGGUGUAGGUGCCAGAGGCUUCAGUUUCCUCUAGUGUCUUUCUUUUGUUUAUUUUUCACUCCCAUUGUCUUUGGGUUUUCCUACCUAUGAACUUCUUUUUAAAUAGAGUCUGUUUCUUGCAACUCUUUCAGUUGUAAUCCACUGUUACUGUACUGGAACCCUGGUGACAUAGUGGUAGAGUGUGGGGAAGGGGAAGUGUUUUAUAAUCUUAGGACCAAAUCUUAGUCUUUUGGUGGGCCUCAGCCCUGCACUGCAUGCAACCUUCAGAAAUAUUUCUUAGCCGUUUUUCCUCUCUUCCUUUUAGAUGAAACAAGAAGGCUAGAGGGGGCUGUAGUUGUCUUAUUUCUCCUCUCCCAGGAGUACAUAUAAGGCUCUGGUAAAUGUUUGGUGCAUUGGCUUUUGUUAUGGAGAACAUUCUGGGCUUAUUUCAAAACUGUUACAUUUUCCCUGGGCAUAUUUCAAAAUGGUUACUUUCCCCUUCCUCUUACCCAAAAGGGAGAAGAUUUUUAUUGGAUCUUCACCCUGGGCGUAUUUCAGAGUUGUUACAUUUCUCUUGCUCUUACCCAAAAGAGGAGGAGAUUGUUCUUGGAUCUUCACAGUCAUAACCUGGUGAGGUUCCUGGAGGUAAAGCCACGAGAGUGUGGAGGCUGUCCUAAGACUAGGCCCCCAGGACUUCUUACUCUCAAGCUUUUGUUAAAAUUACCAUUUAAGUUUUCUUACUAGUGUUUCACUCCAGCAGCUUCUGCUCCAGGAGUGCAAUCACUUGGCGUGCCUACUUCACUUCUUUUAAGCGAAAGAACAGCAAACAGGCAACAUGAGUGAUUGAGUGCCUUGAGUGCCUUAGGCCAACUCCACGACAAGGUUCAAGCUUACUCUACCACUGGAGGGAAGAUGUGGCUCUCAGUCAUUUUCAUUUUUCGAAUCCUGCUCCUGGGGACAGCAGUUGAGUCAGCCUGGGAUGAUGAGCAGUUUGGCUUUCGUUGUAACACUCGACAGCCUGGUUGUGAAAAUGUCUGUUAUGAUAAGUCCUUUCCAAUCUCUCACGUGUGCUUCUGGGUCCUGCAGAUCAUAUUUGUGUCUGUCCCCACACUCUUUUACCUAGCGCAUGUGUUCUAUGUGAUGCGAAAAGAAGAGAAGUUGAACAAGAAAGAGGAGGAACACAAAGUUGCCCAAACCAAUGGUGUCAACGUGGAGAUGCGCUUGCAGGAGAUCGAAAUCAAGAAGAUGAAGUAUGGCAUUGAAGAACACGGCAAGGAAACACAUGAAAUUGUGGCAAUCAAGAAAUUCAAGGACAGUGAAGAAAAUGAAGAAGUCAAGGAAACGACUUUACGAGAGCUUAAAAUGCUUCGUACUCUCAAACAGGAAAACAUUGUGGAGCUAAAGGAAGCCUUUCGUCGGCGGGGGAAAUUGUACUUGGUGUUUGAGUAUGUUGAAAAAAAUAUGCUUGAAUUGCUGGAAGAAAUGCCAAAUGGAGUUCCACCUGAAAAAGUAAAAAGUUAUAUCUAUCAGCUAAUCAAAGCUAUUCACUGGUGCCAUAAGAAUGAUAUUGUCCAUCGGGAUAUAAAGCCAGAGAAUCUCUUAAUCAGCCACAAUGAUGUUUUGAAACUGUGUGACUUUGGUUUUGCUCGGAAUCUAUCAGAAGGCAAUAAUGCUAAUUAUACAGAAUAUGUGGCCACCAGAUGGUAUCGGUCCCCAGAACUCUUGCUUGGGGCUCCCUAUGGAAAGUCUGUGGAUAUGUGGUCGGUGGGCUGUAUUCUUGGGGAGCUUAGUGAUGGACAGCCUUUGUUUCCUGGAGAAAGCGAAAUUGACCAACUUUUUACUAUUCAGAAGGUGCUAGGACCACUUCCAUCUGAGCAGAUGAAACUCUUCUACAGUAAUCCUCGCUUCCACGGGCUCCGGUUUCCAGCUGUUAACCAUCCUCAGUCAUUGGAGAGAAGAUACCUUGGAAUUUUAAAUAGCGUUUUACUUGACUUAAUGAAGAAUUUACUGAAGUUGGACCCAGCUGACAGAUACUUGACAGAACAGUGUUUGAAUCACCCUACAUUUCAAACCCAGAGACUUUUGGAUCGUUCCCCUUCAAGGUCAGCGAAAAGAAAACCUUACCACGUGGAAAGCAGCACUUUGUCUAAUAGAAACCAAGCCAGCAAAAGUGCUGCUUUGCAGUCUCACCACAGAUCAAACAGCAAGGACAUCCAGAACCUAAGUGUGGGUCUGCCCCGGGCUGAUGAAGGUCUUCCUGCCAAUGAAAGCUUCCUAAAUGGAAACCUUGCUGGAGCUACUCUUAGUCCCAUGCACACCAAAACCUACCAAGCAAGCAGCCAGCCUGGGUCUACCAGCAAAGAUCUUACCAACAACAACAUGCCACACCUUCUCAGCCCAAAAGAAGCCAAGUCAAAGACAGAGUUUGAUUUUAAUAUUGACCCAAAGCCUUCGGAAGGCCCAGGCACAAAGUACCUCAAGUCAAGCAGCAGAUCUCAGCAGAACCGGCACUCAUUCAUGGAAAGCUCUCAGAGCAAAGCGGGAACACUGCAGCCCAGUGAAAAACAGAGUCGACAUAGCUACAUUGACACUAUUCCCCAGUCCUCUAGGAGUCCCUCCUACAGGACCAAGGCCAAAAGCCAUGGGGCCUUGAGUGACUCCAAGUCAGUGAGCAACCUUUCUGAAGCCAGGGCCCAAAUUACAGAGUCUAAUACCAGUAGGUACUUUCCAUCCAGCUGCUUGGACUUGAACUCUCCCACCAGCCCAACCCCCACCAGGCACAGUGACACCAGAACUUUGCUCAGCCCCUCUGGGAGAAAUAACCGAAGUGAGGGCACUCUCGACUCACGCCGAACCACAACCAGGCAUUCUAAAACGAUGGAGGAGUUGAAGCUGCCUGAGCACAUGGACAGCAGCCAUUCUCAUUCACUGUCUGCACCUCAUGAGUCGUUUUCAUAUGGGCUGGGCUACACCAGCCCUUUCUCUUCCCAGCAACGCCCACACCGGCAUUCCAUGUACGUGACCCGGGACAAAGUGAGAGCCAAAGGCUUGGACGGAAGCUUGAGCGUAGGGCAAGGGAUGGCGGCCAGAGCCAACAGCCUGCAGCUCUUAUCGCCUCAGCCUGGAGAACAGCUCCCUCCGGAGAUGACUGUGGCGCGAUCUUCCGUUAAAGAGUCCUCCAGAGAAGGGCCCUCUUCAUUCCAUACACGGCAGAAGUCUGAGGGUGGAUCGUAUCAUGACCCUCACUCUGAUGACGGCACUGCCCCUAAAGAAAAUAGACACCUAUACAAUGAUCCUGUUCCAAGGAGAGUUGGCAGCUUCUACAGAGUGCCGUCUCCACGUCCAGACAAUUCAUUCCAUGAAAAUAAUGUGUCAACCAGAGUUUCUUCCCUACCAUCAGAAAGCGGCUCUGGAACUAACCACUCAAAAAGACAACCAGCGUUUGAUCCAUGGAAAAGUCCUGAAAACAUUAGUCAUUCUGAACAACUCAAGGAAAAGGAAAAACAAGGUUUUUUCAGGUCAAUGAAAAAGAAAAAGAAGAAAUCACAAACAACAGAUUCCACCAACGGGGAGAAUCCAAGCAUCAAGAAAUCCCUCUUUCCUCUUUUUAAUUCAAAGAAUCAUUUAAAGCAUAGUUCUUCUUUGAAAAAGCUUCCUGUAGUCACUCCACCCAUGGUGCCCAAUUCUGAUGGCCCCGAUCUUCUGACAUUACAGAAAGCCAUUCACUCUGCUAGCACUCCGAGCAGCAGACCAAAGGAGUGGCGUCCUGAGAAGAUCUCUGAUCUACAGACCCAAAGCCAGCCAUUAAAAUCACUGCGCAAGCUGUUACAUCUCUCUUCAGCCUCAAAUCACCCAGCUUCCUCAGACCCCCGCUUCCAGCCCUUAGCAGCUCAACAAACCAAAAAUUCCUUCUCAGAAAUUCGGAUUCACCCCUUGAGCCAAGCCUCUGGCGGGAGCAGUAACAUCCGGCAGGAGCCCACACCAAAGGGCAGGCCAGCCCUCCAGCUGCCAGGUCAGAUGGACCCUGGUUGGCAUGUGUCCUCUGUGACCCGGAGUGCCACAGAGGGGCCUUCCUACUCUGAACAGCUGAGUGCCAAGAGUGGGCCAAACGGGCACCCUUAUAACAGAACAAAUCGGUCCCGAAUGCCAAAUCUGAAUGAUUUAAAAGAGACAGCCUUGUAAUGUGUGCUGGGAGGGGGAGGGAUUGGGGAGGGGCACAAGCCAGUUGCGGGGUGGGGGUGGGGGUGGGGUUGGGGAAUGGGCUGGGCCCGGGUGGUAAGCCAAUAUUUUCAGCUUUAUGAAGGUGUGUGCAAUAUUGUAUGUGUGGAGCUCUGGCUCCUCACGGCCACGAAUGCUAGUCAGGGAUCUUAGAGCCACAGGAGUUCCUUAGGGAGCGCCAGUCCCCACGGGUCUUGUGUGAGAAUGGAUAGAGUGCCAAUGAAGAGGAAGACAUUCUUGCCAGUUUCUCCCCCUUACGUUCCAGCUUUAGUGCAAUUCCUCUCGGACUCGGGAAAGCCAGGGUGUGUUCUGGCACUGCAAGGGAUAGAAGAAUUUGUGUUGACCGAUGCCCUCACCACAGAUUUUUUUCUGCCUAGACUAAAUGUGGGGUUUAUUGUAAUCCAAGAGUAUCCCUUUGAAGGGUUAGCAGAUGAACUAACUGUAUGUCUUAAAUUGUUUUCUAAACUUCCAUAUUUGAUAGGAUUUGUAACAUUUAUUUAUAAUUAAUUAAUAUUGUACUGUUAUAAUCAUACCUUUUAUGUUAAAUGUAAAGUUAUUUUGAGCUGUUUGGAACAUUGUGAAGCAGUGGGACAGCUACGGUAGUUUCUAUAAAAACUAAACAGUAACAUUUAUAUAUUGCAUCAGGAGUAUUUUAUUCUAUAUAUAAAUAUAUAUAUGGUAAAUAUCUGUCUGUUUUAUAAAUAUCAUUUAAAAAAAGUACCGUUAUGACACUAUCUGCCAUAUUUUUAUACAUUUGUGAUAUGAAGUGAGUAUUAUACUUCUAAUCAAGGGAGUUGAAUUGUGGCUAUAUGUGACUGUAGGAACCUUGCUCAACCUUCAUGCCCCAGCAGUAGCCUCUAGACAUGAUCCUUGGUAGAGAUGAGAUGCAGCGUCUCUUUCCAAACCCACAGGGGAAGAGAGUCGGCUAGGCCAGUGAGAACUCCAGCAGGCCUCGUCUCCGUCCUUACAGUUGACUCUUAUUCGUGUCCAGGGACGUUCCUUGUACCUGAGGGGAGAACAGAUCCAGGGUUACUCGUGGGUCUUCAUAGAGAGAAUGUGCUCUUCUACUUAGCAUUAGUGUAGAGCAUAGACCAAAGAUUUGCCGGUGAACAUUCCUAGUUGUAAGGUUCUAAGAGGCACCUGUCUGCAGAUCUUGCAAACCAGCUCUAUGCCCCUGAAUCCUGGGCACUGUACCGGAGACUCUUGGCUGGUGUGGUGUAAGAUACACGUGUGGCAUUUCUAUUUCUAAAUGCUUUUCUUGUUAUUGCUCUUUCCAAUAUAUUUAAAAGGCUCCUGAAGCAAUUCCAGAUGUAGAGAAAAUUGCUAUAGUCAUUUUUUCUUCCUGGGACUGUCCACUUAUAACAAGGUUAUCAUGCACAUCAAUACACACACACACACAUAGACAGAACAGGACUCACCUUUCCCUCAUUUGAUCUCCUUCAAUUCCCAGAUUACUCCCAAAUGUCAUUAAUGCCUUUGGCCAACAAGGGUUAUAGUCCCAUGUCUCUGGGCCAUCCUUGACAGAAAUCACCUCAAUACCAUCAUCCAUCAAGAGUAUUAGAUCUUUAGAAGUAGUCUCUUAGCAAUAAUAUUUUUAAAGAUCCCCUCCCACCCCUUAAAGAGGUAACUUCUCAGUAUUUACGACUUGUCCCAGUAUUCUGAGAGCUUCAGCCCCUGAACCAUAUCAGCUAUAAUUGAAAUGUGCUGAGUUACUGUUCCCUGUCUCCAGGAUUUUGAGAAUCAUAGCGCUGAUGAUUAUGAAGAUUAUAAAGAAAAAGGUCUUAGUUUCCUUGAAGCUUAAAUUGUGUACAUAGUGCAUUUUUAUAUAACUGCUAUAACGAUGUGUAUUGAUUAUAUAUAGAGGUCGUUUUAAGGUGCUUUUUAUUUAAUUUUAAUAAGUGUAAUAGGCACUAAAAUGAAACUCAACUGGGUACUAUCGUUGAAACGAUUUGAUUCUAACCAGUAGUUUGCAUGCUGUUCAGUUCUUUUUAUAUCCUGUUUCUUUCACCAGUUCAGUACUGUUCAAGUAGCUCUGACUUGUGGCUUUUCCCAGGCAGCUGCUCAGUUAUAUAAGUGACAUGGACCCUUAGCAGUUUUUGCCUGGAUACUAAUGACUCUAAAAGGGUGUGUAAUUCUUUUUCAUACUAGAUCUGUACCUUGUAUUCUCCCUUGCAAACCAGAAACUACAUUUUUUCCUCUGGAAAGACUUCUCACUGUGCUGUGCGCUUAGGAACUGCGCAGUCACAUUGCCAUACUGUGGCAUUUGAGGCUCGUUGUCACCUAGGGGCUGGUUUCCCAUGUUUUCAUCCUUGCUAACACUGGGAUCUCAGAUGUUAUGCAGAACAUUUAUAUUCAUGAUGGUUCUUCAAAGAAGGGCUAGAAUAAUUGCCUUCUACCUAGAGCAAAGUAAACCUAACCGAUGAAGAGUCGAUACGUACUUUUCGUACAUUCCCAGAUUUGAGCCAGAAAAUAUCUACAAUGUUUUCAACUAGUGUUUUUGAAGUAGCUCUUUUAUCCUCUUCUCAGCUUUUGUCCAUUCUGACUUUUCAUUGACCUCAAUAAGCUAUAAGUGAACUACAAUCCGCAUUUCUAGCAUGGGUAAUUCUCUUCCUUCUCACAGAGGGAAAUGGUAAAGUUUUCUCUCAAAUCUAAUGGGCUCUCUCUUAGUUUUUAACGUUGUUUUCCUCUGGUUGAUGAAUUGUUGACCUCAUAAAGAUUGCCAUCUGUGACAAGAAGGACUUGACCUAAAGUCACGAAGGUCUGCGUUUUCUUUAGGAGGGGAAAUUUAUGACAUCCAUAUGCUAUUGUCUACCCUAACUUCCUAAAGGAUAAAAAGGUUGAAGGAAGGCUUAUGAAUUACUUUGUUCUGUGGAAGUAUCACUGAUCUCCUUUUGAAAAGAAACUCUGCUUUGCUGUUUUUCUGCUUUUGCUUUACCACCAUCCUCAUUUUUCUUCUUAGAAGUUCUAAAUGAACUUUUACUAAACCUUGUUUGGUCUCGAUCUGAGGUUUAGCCUCUCUCCAGAAUCCAAGAGCAAAAGUUCUCCAUGCUAAGGGGCUCAAGUGAGCUGUGUCUAUAGCAGUGGUUCUCAACCAGGGCCGAUUUUGUCUCCCAGGAACAUUUGGCAACGGCAAGAGACACAUUUGGUUGUCACAACUGGGGCUGGUGGUGUACUACUGGCAUCUAGUGGGUAGAGGCCAGUGAUGCCACUAAACAUGCUACAUGCACAGGACCGCCCCACAAAUGAAGAAUGAUCCAGCCCCGAAUGUCAGUAGUGCUGAGGUUGAGAAACCCUGCUGUAGCGUCUUCCGAGCCCAGCAGUCCGCAGAGCUCGGCUCUGUCCUUGUUCUCCCCAGGCUACGCAGCUGCAGGUAUGAAUUCUUCAGCAUCGCGUUCUCUUAAAGAGUCGUCUGCCACUAUUCUUGAAUCCCUGGAAUCCUGUUGUUCGUUUCCAUUGUCUUGGGCCUGCUAAAAGAUGCAUCCUUUAAGAGGAGACCAGAGUUUCUUUAUAGAUGUUUGAGAACUUAAAUUCUAGGUCAGCAUCCUUAGAAAAAUCUUUCAUAGAGCCAUGAGGCUUAUAUUUAGAAGCAAGCAGCAGCCUAGCAGAUUGGCAUGAUUUUUACCAACUGCUCAAAGGUAUCCAUGGGUUUUAGCUAUGUCUCCCAAAAGAAAAUGUCUUUGUUUUUUAUUGAAGUCAUUUAAUAGCUCUUUACAAAUAUUGGCAUACGACAGGCUGAUUAGAAGCAAAAAACUCUUUAUUGGUGGUUGUGAUGUGGCUGUUAUAGGAGUAUUUGUGCUGUACGCUUGGUUAAUCUGUUUUAAACCAUGCUUUAAGAUUCCCAUAUGCGGUUGUACUUUAAUUCUCAGCUCAGAGCUACGCUGGUUAGUUUCUAGUCACGUCAUGUAUUAUAAAGUAUGCUGUGGUUAUAGAGUUAGCCAGUUAAGCAUGUUCCUAACCUGAAAAUUAGUGAAUUUUGCUAGGAAAUGCUAUCCCAGUUCCCCUUCCCAGCACCUCUUAGUUAACGUUAGUAUCCUCACUUCUUAAACUAGUUUUUAGAGUAAAUAAGGAAAAAAGCCAUUUAUUUUCUUCUAGUUGUGUAUCGAGAAUGACUCAUAAGUGUACAGCUUUUUUUAAAGGCCAGAGGAUUACUUUCCAAGUGUGGAGAAGGCUCUAUUUCUGUUCACCUAGGUCCUGGCGGUGACCCAACUUUCAGCAAGGGCACUUGCUCGCCGCGACUCGCUCCUAGAGCUCAGCUGGGACUCAGCAAUCUGCGUGCUCUCUCCUGGGCAGAGCGUUGUUUGCUGGAGAGCACUGCUUUUCUACCUAGAAGUUUGUUACCUCCUGCAUUGUGGUGGGAUAUUGACUCCAUGUGAGCACUAAGAUCCACAGACUCAUGCUUUUGUGAACUGGGAAUGUGGUAUGAUACACUGAAUCAAGUCAGAAAAUAUUGAAAUAUUUCCUCGCCUCCUUCAGUUCAUCACUAACAAAGUGUGUAGGCAGAGAAAACUUAUUUACAGUUAAAGAGAAAAUGGUCUCUUUAAAAGGAGCUGCAGAAAAGACAGUACAAAUGUUCUAAGUGUCCUGUCACCAAUCCCCAGGGCCAGAAUCUCACAAGAAGGUUGUCUCAGAGACUUAAAGGGCCAACUUACAAAACAAAACCUUGUAAGUGGUUCUGAUUUCUUCCUUUUGCAUUUUGACCAGCUGAGAUAUAGAGUAUCUUGUGCUCUGAUUCCGCUGGGUAAAAAAUUCUGUCUUAGAAACCAUGAGUAAAUGCAAGAUAAUGAAGCCGUGACAGGAUGAGUCCCUUGUCUGUCUGUAUACACACAAUGUGGUAGAAGUAAGGUGGCUAGGAAACUCUGGGCCUGCUGCCCUAGUCUAUUCUAUUUCUUCUCCUUUAAUUGAAUGUACUAUAAAAGAUCAUAGACUUUUGUGCCAAGUCAGUUACUAUGUGAAUAAUCAUUUCCCAUAGUGCUUUGUUAAUUCGUCAGCGAUGGGCCUGGUCCCGACUCCACCUUUCUCCGCUCCGGGCACUGACACACCUUUCUGUGUAUCUCCUAUAGGCUAUUAAAUAUGAUCACGACCUGCCUUGUAUUUUCAUUCAUUAACUGUUUACUCCCAAAUUUGAGGGAGGUUUGUCAUUUGUUUUGCCAGAAAAAAUUUGUAAUAGUCUGCACGUAGGACUUGUAGGGCCAGAGAACCGCGGCAGUGAAACCGGUUUCACUUCGAAGGCCCUUCAUUCCCCACACGGUGAAGCUCUCUGAACUCCAUUUGAUCCUUGGGUCGGAUUUCCAUCCUCCUUUGGAAUUUUACAAAAUCGGUCUCCAUGUUGUAUGCAGAUUAGAAGUUGCCUUGUUCGCUAUUCUUCCAGCGCAGAGUGUCAGGGAGAAAGAGGCCUUAUCUGUUCCUCCAUCCCCUCCGUUUGACAGACUGCUAAGAAUUCCUCAGGACUUCCUUUGGUUUGGGAUUUUACUUUCCCAAAAGCCUGAUCUGCUUCAUUUCAGGCGUAGACAAGCUUGUUCUAGUGCUCUGCUUCAGAGCUAAUCAGACGAAACCCAGGAAUAGAAAAGGUAGAUGCCUUGACUUUUGUCCCUGUUGGGGGAUUAAAGUGUUUAUCGCCAGAGUUGUCAAAAGCUUCAGUUACAAAACAUUCAGUUUCCAGAAGAAAACAAUGCUUUGCCUCCUGGAGAACUUUUAGGUGCUCCACAAUGGCUUAGAUUUUCCGAAAUGGAAGGCAAAGCUUGUAUAAAAUCCGUUUUCACUACAGAUACACGAUUGAUUAUGGUCAUCUCAGUCUGCUUCCCUCCCUUGUUUCCUGCUUGGUCACUGAUUGAGUCAGGCUGGAGGAGUAACUGCUGUGAUCGCAAGGACAUUCUCCCAGUAAACGUGGAUUGAUUAACACAAACAAUUAAACCAGACAAAAUAGUUGCCCCUAAUUCCUAUCUCCAAGAAUUGCUUUGUGCCAUUUUGAAUUCAGGUAGUUAUUCUGUAUAUACUUAGAAGACUAUUCCGAGCUUCUUCAAUCUCUAGGAGGUUUGAAGGGGGAAUCUGGGAAGACACAAGGCAGGGUGACUUUGAGAGCCCUGCUCAUGCAUGCAAACAAAAAUAGGGAUGAGCCAGAAUGAUGUAACAUCCAAAUUUGGUAGAUGAAGAAUCAGUGGAAAUUCUUAAUUGCACAGACUUUAUAAUCCAUAAUACAGAGUGUAAUUCCAUACUUUUUACUGUGGCAAGGGUGUGAUGUGGUGGUAACCUUUUUAAUUUUUGAAUCCAAACUGAAUUUAAAGUGUUGAAUAUUUAAAUUCCUCACGAGCUAAUUAUGAACCAUUUGUAAAGUGUUUAUAUAACUCUUUGUAUCAUGUGUUGGUACAUCUUAUCAAGUUUUUUCUGGCAUGUAUUCCAUUCUAAACUUAUGUAAAAUUUCUAUUGUUGCUGUAAAUAUUAUACAAAUAUCUAUUCCGUGGUAACCUUAAUUAUCAGCAUGAAAUGGUUAAUUUUUACUGAGCACAAUGUAUUUUUGAAUGGAUCUUCUCAAAUGUCUUUAAUAAAAUGCAGAUUUUGCACUGACUGA